AUGCACGCCACCGUCGACCGCCCCUGGGCCUGGAUAAGGACGCCGACGCCCUCCCCUAUCCUCUUCCUCUCUCUGGCGCGCCUCUCUCUGGCUCUGCAAGCGCGCACCAGAGCUAACCCUAUCUCCGGCCACCUCGCAGUCGCCGUCGCUCCGGCCACCCCCGCGCCCAGCCGUGCCUCCCAUCGGCUCCGCCUCGCCGCUAGCAACAUCCCCGUCGAAGGAAUCGACCAGGGAGGGCCGGAAUCGCCGCCCUCGCCUCCUUCUUCUCCGCGGCCGGCCGAGCUCGCCGUGGCCGCCGUGGCGCCUCCCGGCCUCCUCCGGCCUUUCCGAGCCCUCCGUCGCGCUCGUGGUGAGCCUCCGGUGCUCAGGCGCCCCUCAGUUCCCCCUCUUUCCCUCCGUAGCACCUCCUCCACAUGCUCCUGCCCCGGCCGCCGCUCGGCCUCGCCGCCGGCGUCGGUCCGGCGACCUUCUGCUAGCGGCGCCUCCACCUCCUUGUUCGCCUCGGCGCCCUCUCGCCAACGCACCCUUCCGCGCGUCCAGGGGGCCACGGGAGCGCCACCUCCGCCGCUCACCGGCGCCGGUCACCGUCGGGUUGACCACCAGCGGUUGACCUAG